UGAAUUAUCCUUAAAAAUAAUCAUUUUCUGUAAGUGGGAUCUCCUUCUUUUCCUCCAAUUCCCACCCAAAAAGGUGGUUGUCAUUCUGAAGAAGAAAAACCAAUAGGUUGGAGUUUGAGCUUUCAACUAUGGCUUCUGCUCUGAGUAAUUAUUCAUGCCUUGUGAUGCAUCGUUCCACUGAGUUUUCCUCCUCCCGUUUUCUUCCUUCUUCAGCUACUCCACUAGUGGGCUGUAAGCCAAAAGGGUCUUCAGUAAGGUGCCAGUCAUCCACGAGUACUGAUGAAAACAAAACAACCAAAAGCAUGAACUUAUUAGACAAUGCAAGCAACCUCCUUACAAACUUCUUAAGUGGAGGAAAGAUUGGAUCUAUGCCUACAGCUGAAGGUGCAGUUUCGGAUCUUUUUGGCAAACCACUUUUCUUCUCCCUGUAUGACUGGUUUAUAGAGCAUGGCUCAGUUUAUAAACUUGCUUUUGGGCCGAAAGCAUUUGUAGUCGUUUCAGAUCCCAUCGUUGCAAGACAUAUUCUCCGCGAAAAUGCAUUUGCAUAUGAUAAGGGUGUCCUUGCUGAUAUAUUGGAACCAAUAAUGGGGAAAGGACUUAUACCUGCUGACCUUGACACUUGGAAGCAGAGGAGAAGAGUUAUAGCUCCUGGAUUCCAUUCACUUUACUUGGAAGCAAUGGCUAAAGUAUUCACGGAUUGCUCAGUGAGAAUGAUAGCGAAAUUUGAAAAGCUUUUAGAAGUAGAGGCUUCAAGAGGAGAGAAAAAGAUAGACUUGGACCUUGAAGCCGAAUUUUCUAGUUUGGCGCUAGAUAUCAUUGGACUUGGUGUGUUUAAUUAUGACUUUGGUUCUGUUACCAAAGAGUCCCCGGUGAUUAAGGCUGUAUAUGGUACUCUUUUUGAAGCUGAGCAUCGUUCAACAUUUUACCUUCCUUACUGGAAAAUCCCAUUGGCAAAAUGGCUUGUUCCUCGGCAGCGGAAGUUCCAGAAUGACCUUAAAGUCAUAAAUGAUUGUCUAGAUGCUCUGAUAAAAAAUGCAAAAGAGACCAGAGAGGAAGCUGAUGUUGAAAAACUGCAACAAAGGGACUAUUUGAACAUCAAGGACGCUAGUCUCUUGCGUUUUUUGGUCGACAUGAGAGGCGUAGAUGCUGAUGAUCGUCAGCUAAGAGAUGACCUAAUGACGAUGCUUAUAGCUGGACAUGAAACAACCGCGGCUGUCCUCACGUGGGCUAUUUUCCUUCUUGCACAACACCCAGCCAAAAUGAAGAAAGCACAAGCCGAGAUUGACCUGGUGCUUGGAAAGGAGAGAACAACAUUCGAAGCAAUUAAAAAGUUAGAGUACUUGCGACUUAUUGUUGUGGAAGCUCUACGUUUGUACCCACAGCCUCCGUUGCUUAUUAGACGGUCUCUCAUGUCAGACACAUUACCAGGUGGUUAUAAUGGCAACAAAGAUGGAUAUGCAAUCCCACCUGGCACUGAUCUAUUUGUUUCCGUAUAUAAUCUCCAUAGAUCUCCCCAUUUUUGGGAUAAUCCCAACGACUUUGAGCCGGAGAGGUUUCUCAUGCAGAAGCUGAGCCAACUUGAAGGAUGGGCUGGUUUUGAUCCAUCUCGUAGCCCAGGAGCAUUAUACCCAAACGAGAUUAUAUCAGAUUUCGCCUUUUUGCCUUUUGGAGGAGGGCCAAGAAAGUGCGUUGGUGACCAAUUUGCCCUCAUGGAGUCAACCAUAGCACUGGCAAUGUUAUUACAGAAGUUUGACGUCAGCCUGAAAGGAUCCCCGGAAUCCGUAGAACUCGUUACAGGAGCUACCAUCCACACCAAGAAUGGACUGUGGUGUCAACUAAAGAAGAGGUCGUCUCUUAAUUGAACAUCAGGGAUGCAACAGCAUGAGUAUAUCAAACUAGUUGACUCAACUAUGUGAAAUCCUGUAGAAGGAAGCAGUUCUCUUCAUUUUUAGUGUUCAUUUAACAUCGGCUCCUAGAUUUUGCUAGGCCAAUCCAGCCAUCGGCACCAAAGACACGGUUCUGUUUUUAAUAUGAAACAGGUUGCUCGUGCUAAAAUAUGAAGUUUGACAAGUAUUACUACCUAUUUAUCCUUUUUAGAAA